AUGUUUCAAAGAGGAAUUUACCCAACAAAAUGGAAAGAAACGACUGAAGAGGUUUCACUUGUAGAAAUUAAUAAAGAAGAUUCAGAAUAUAGUCAAGUAAAAGAAAGAUUUGAUGAAACAUUAAGUAAUGAUUUUAAAAUUGAAAAAAUUGAAAGAGUACAAAACAAAUCAAUUUGGAGGAGCUACUAUAGCUCAUUAGAAGAUUACAAAACUAAAUAUAAUAAUGUAAAUGAAAACUUUCUCGAAUCAACAUUAUUUCACGGAACAAGAGGGAAUGAUCCGACUAUGGUAUAUAAGAAUGAUAUAGGUUUCGAUAUUAAAAAUUCAAGUGAUGGUUCAUUUGGCGUUGGUUUGUACUUUUCAGAAAAUGCAAGUAAUUCUCUUUCAUUUAGUCAUGAGCUCCCAAAUGGCCAAUUUCAAUUCUUUUUAUGUAGAGUAAUUUUAGGAAAUGGUUCCAAUGUCUCAAAUCAAGAUUUAAUAGAAUGUCAAGAUAGUAUAAAAAAAGAUGGUAUAUAUGUUUUAAAAGAAAAUAAUAGAUCUUAUCCAGAUUAUCUUAUCACUUAUUCAAAAAAAGAAAGUGCAAAUAAUAAUAAACUUCCAAACACAAAAACAACAACAAGAGCAAAUAAAAAAAAAGAAAACAAUAAAAAUAAAAAUGAUAAAAAUAAAAAUAAUGACAGUGAUGACAAUAUUAAUGAUGAAGAAAGAGAACUUCAAUUGGCACUAUCCCUUUCAAUGCCUGAACAUGAUGAAGAUUACGAACUGGCAUUAGCUUUACAACUAAGUGCGCAGGACUACACCGGAGAAAAUAAAAAUAAAGAUGAUAUAACAACCACCACAACUACUACAACAACUGAAAUAGACAACCCAUAUAAAAAAACAACCACUACAACAUCAAAUACCAACAGUACAGCUAAUUUCGAAAAUUCUGAAGAAUAUGACGAUUAUGAAUUAGCAUUGGCUUUGGAAAUAAGCAAAGCAGAAAGUAACAUUAAUACUUGGACAAAUAAAAAAAGAAAUAAUUCUAAUGAUGAAAACAAUGAUUCUGGUAAUGAAUCUAAAAAAAAAAAGAAAAAAAAUUAA